AUGGUUGUCAAAACGGAGUGGGCAUUCUUGUUCAAAUCAUGGCAUCUUCUUUUCCUGCUAUUCUCGCUGUACGCCGGCUUCUCGCUGGCUCUUUUCGUGAUUCCGGUUUUGUAUUCCACCCCUGACAAACAGCUGGUACCCCAACUUGGCGAGCGCCUCGCCUCAAUGGGGUUGUCGCAGCAGGACGUGACCGUACUUGGCGCGCCAAUUAGC